AUGUUUGUGACAGACAGAAGGUCUGUUUCAGACACAGCAGAGGAGUGGGGUAAAGGCAGAGCAUGUGUCAAAAUCUCUGAAGGGCAAUGCUGUGUGAGUGGUUUUGGUGGGAUCGGCUGUGGUUGCCUGUGAAUGUCACAUGGGCGGAUCUGGAGGAUAAAGAAGGACAGGUUUACGCUCAUGUGUCUCACCUGUAUAUGAUUUUACCCCUUGCUGUCCUGCUGCUGGGCCUCAGAGUGCUGUAUGAGAGACUUUUUGCUCCACCCAUUGCUGCAGCCCUCGGCGUGAAAGAUAAAAUCCGCCUGAGAGCAUCAAAUAAUCCCACACUGGACUGCUAUAAAACACACUCGAAACAUCCAUCACAGUUUGAAGUCAGAGGGCUCAGUAAGAAGUUGAGCUGGUCAGAGCGUCAGGUUGAACAAUGGUUUCGCAGGAGGAGGAAUCAGGACAGACCUGGAGUGCUGAAGAAGUUCAGGGAAGCCAGUUGGAGGUUUGGGUUUUAUCUCUGCUCGUUCCUCGGAGGUCUUGUGGCUUUACAUGACAAACCCUGGUUUUAUGAUUUACAUGAAGUGUUCGUGGGAUUCCCGAAACAGACCCUGCUGGACUCGCAAUACUGGUAUUACGUGAUUGAGAUGAGCUUUUACGGCUCCCUUAUAUUUAGUGUAGCUGUGGAUGUCAAACGUAAGGAUUUUAAAGAGCAGUUGGUUCAUCACUGGGCCACUUUAACGCUGUUGUCGUUCUCGUGGUGUGCGAAUUACAUCCGUAUCGGGACUCUGGUGAUGCUGGUGCACGACGCUGCUGAUGUUUUAUUAGAGUUGGGGAAGGUGUUUAAUUACGCUGGAUGGAAGUUUACCUGCAACAUCCUCUUCAUCCUCUUCACCGUGACCUUCAUGAUCACCAGGCUGGUCAUCUUCCCUUUCUGGUUGAUCCACUGCACCUGGGUUUAUUCUCUGGAAGAGUAUCAGCCUUUUUUUGGAUAUUAUUUCUUCAACACUAUUCUGGUGGUCCUGCUGCUCCUGCACGUCUUCUGGGCGUCGCUCAUCCUGCGCAUGGCCAUAAAACUGGUGCUUGGUGAAAUGAAAGGUGAUGAGCGAAGUGAUGAAGAAGAGGAGAGUCAGGACGAAGCACAAAACCACAACCAUACACACUGUGACGGUUCUGCUAACGGAUUCUCCAACGGUCACUGAGUCAGAACCGGACCUCGGGCCGAGACGACACAUGAGGAUGUUGAUUUAACUUUAUGUCGUGCACAAAAACUGUUGCUGACAAACGCGAGACUUUCAGAAUCUUUUAUUGUCAAAAAAAGACUUUAACAAAGUUCGGAAUUUCCUCUGCAGUGAAUCUGAAACAUCUGGAUUUACAUCUGACUGUUAUGUGAUGGCAAAACUUUAAUUUAAGGUUUAGUAAUAAAUGAUUUAUAAUCAGGUAUAGUGUGUAGUUUAAUCAGAAAUAUAUUAAUAAUAAUCGAUUGUAUAUAUAAUAAAUUAGACUUGAACUAAAUAUUAAUCAGUUCAGAAAGUAUUUAUUUUUAUGAUUUUAUUAGUAAACAUUUAUUAUUGACUUAUAACUGGGUUAUUUACAGAAACCUUAAAUUAAAGAUUUACAAAAUAAUUACAGAAUAAAAAAGUCAUGGAUAAAUUUAUAUUAAAGUUAAUUUCUCUACUUAACGGCAGAUCAACACGUGAGGGACGUGCCGUUACGGAAAAUCAUCAACCCCUGGGUGGUGAUGUAAUUGAUUAAAUCCGGAGGGAAUUCUGGUGUAUUUCAUCAUUCUUCAUAUAAUAAACACAUUUCGAAUUGAA